AUGGAUUCAACAAACCCUUUUUCCGACCAUUCAGGCUUCAUGGAGCUACUAAGUAGCCAGCAAAUAACUCAUCCACAAGUUCCAAGUGCAAUGGAAACUACCAUUGCACUUGGUGAUUCACAACCUCUCGUUUCUGGAACACAAUGGACUGAUGCUCCAAGUCCAGUUGAAGAGACUGUCAAAGAGAAAAGGUCAAGGAGGCCAUGGACUCCAACUGAAGACCUUGUGCUCAUAAGUGCAUGGCUUAAUACCUCCAAGGAUCCGAUCAUUGGGAAUGGGCAAAGAGCUGAUGCGUUUUGGAGCAGGAUUGCAAUCUACUAUGCUGCGAGUAAUAAGAUAUCUCCUGAUGAGAAGCGGGGUCCAAUCAACUGUAAGCAGAGGUGGUCAAAGCUAAAUGAAUGUGUUUGCAAGUUUGUAGGAUCGUUUGAAGCUGCUUCAGCACAAAAAACAAGUGGGCAAAAUGAAAAUGACGUCAUGAAGCUUGCUUUGGAUAUCUACUACAAUGAUUACAAGCAUAAGUUCACCAUGGAGCACGCCUGGAGAGAAUUAAGACACGAUCAGAAGUGGAGAGGAUGUGGAAUGUUCAAAAAAAGAAGAACAGAGGAAGAACAGGCUUUCAGCCAUGGAGAAAAUGAAGGAGUAACUCGUCCUCCAGGUGUAAAGGCGGCUAAAGGCAAAAAGAAACAAACAAAAGACAAAGCUGAGAGUGUGGAGAUGAAUGAAAAAGCCAUGGAUAUCUAUAGAAACAUCUGGGAGAUAAGGGAGAAGGAGUUAGCCUUGAAAGAUAAAACUAACAAACAACAGAUUCUUGCCAACCUCCUAGGAAGAACCGACCCUCUUACUCCAAUGGAAGUUGAGCUUAAGAACAACCUCAUUUCCGAAAUGUUGUCUAAGUGA